CAAUGGAGGCGGCGUCAUGUAAAUAUUGCUCCAUAAAGUGCACAACAUGGCGGCUCAAAGAACUGAAUGAAAGAUAGAUAAAAUUGUUACAAAAUUCCGAAUUGUGCCUUUAAAGUAUAUACUUAUUGUUGAUGGGCGUUGAUGGGAGUUAUCAAUCUACUAAGUGACACAAUCUGAUCAUUUUAAAGAUUUUUAGUGGAAAUUUAAUUCUCACUGCCGUGGUGCUAGCUUUCUAGUCGAUGCAAGAUAAAUACACAGUGUUCAUCUCCAAUGCCUCUAACAAUAUCAGUGGUUUAAAUCAAAUCAGCAUGGGGAAAUCAUACCUGAAAGGUGCUGAUGGCACAUUGUUUCCACUCCUACCUAAAGUCACUACAGUUGGAAGAGAAAAUUGUGACUUCACAAUACAGCUCCCUGGAGUAGAUUACCAGCAUUGUGUGAUUGAGUACAGUGAGCAAGAUGAUUGUUUCAUCAUACAAGAUCUCAACACCGCCCAGGGCACUUAUGUUAAUGAUGUUAGAAUACAGAAUGCAGCUGUCAGGCUUGCUCCUGGGGACUAUGUUCGGUUUGGCUACAAUGGUCAGCCUUUUGAGUUGCAAGUUGAAAAUCAACCACAGUUGCGUGGGAGAAAUUUAAUGAGCAUUCCCCCAGUGACUCAGAGGCCACCCAUAUGGAACCAGCCAAUCACCAUGAUCACAGACCAAGACAUAUACAACACAUAUGGUGUCUCUCAGUACGGGGGCUCCCAGGGACUGCCCCAUAUCUCGUAUGCCACAACCUCUGUCCAACCUAACGCCCUCUGGUCACAGGCCAACUAUUCUCAGCCCCCUCCCCCUGUCCCAAGGCCACCACUGAGGUCAAGGCCGCUCAGUGCAGGGGCAGCCAGGAGAAAUGUACAGAAUCUCCAGGCAGUUGGCCCUGCUGUACAAAGAACAACUGUUGUUGGAGGAUGGGUCAACCAGCCUUUGAUGAGAACAUCUUCCAUCCCAGACCUUCAGGAAAAGGAGCAGAGACUCAACCAGUUGUCUGACGAGGUGAACAGAUUACGAACAUUUGAAUUUGAGUCUGUGAGGAAAGACUCUCUUAUACAGCAACUUCAGCAGCAGAUAACGGAACUUCAAACAAAAAUGAGACAAGAGCCGGCCAUUAUUAUGGGUGGGGACACAGAUAUGUCAGGCAAGUUGUUACACCUUGAGACUGAAGUCAGUGCCAAAAAAGGGGAAAUUAAUGCCUUAAAAGAACAGCUGAACAAACUUCAAGAGGACAGAUCCACCAGUCCCCAUCUGUUGCGCCAGGAGCUGGGGGAGAGGGUGAAGGAGAUCUCCCUGUUGAGGAAUGAGCUGGAGAGAGUCAAGAAAGAUAAGAACAUCACGUCUGGCCUGGUCACUCAGAUGCAGCGGGACAUGUCCAGCAAGGACUCUACAAUCAGCAGGAUGGCAAGAGAAAUUGAAGUGUUGAAGAAAGAUAUAAGAGAGAGGGAGAUUCAGAUGACAGCAGUGAACUCAGCUAAGGAUGUUCCUCCAUAUCUGAGGCUAGAUGGAGGGAAAACCAAAGACCAGCCCAAGGAAGAAAUUAGUGCAAGAGAAAAAGAGCUUAUCUCCCUUAGACAGAAAUUUAAGACAGCUGAGAGUAAGGUCCAGGAGCAAACAGACUUAGUGGCUGCUCUAAGGGAGGAGCUGGACAAGUCUAAAGCCUCUUUCUUGUCUGAGAAGGAGGCCCAGAAGAAAAUUCUGGCCGACCUUGAGGCUGCCAAAGUUCAAGUGCAUGACAUUCAGAGAUCUGAGAGAGUUGUCAGAGUUGACCUUGAGCAGUCACAGAAAAGGUUUGAAAGGCUGAGAAACAGAGUGUUCCAGGUGAUCUACUCAACACCUGGGGUUCAAGCACCUGAGAAAGAAAUAAAUGAUGACGAACUGAUAGAAGCUUUGAAGAAACUGGUAGAAGAAAGAGCUAAACAGUUCUCCAAAAUAAAAGAGCUAGAGGCAGAUGUGGUUGGUGCUAAGUCAGGGAAAGAUGAGCUACUAGCACAGGCUACUAAGCUGAAAGAAAUUUUAGAGUCCAGUGUGCAUCGGUUAAAAGAAAACGGCUACCUCAGCUCAUCCCUCAAGCAAGAGCUCAGCAUCAUUCAGACAGCCAGCACGGAGGAUAGCCUUACAUGGAUACGUGACCUCUUGUUUGAAUCAAUCUCUUCUGAACUAGAAUGGGUAAUCAGAACGGAGCAGGCUCUCAUCAAAUGUGGAGUGAAUGUUAAUAUAUCUCAUGAUGAACCAAGCAAGCACAUUGAAAGUUUGUUUGCUAAGUGGGAGUCUUCUCUCAUGGAGGUAGAAAGUUUAAAACAGCAGAUAGUGGAGCAAGACAAAACGCACAAGGCUGAACUUGAAGACAAGGCAAAAGCUGUACAAUCUGAGAUGGAGAGUCUGCUGCAGGAUGCUGUAGAGAAGGCCAGACUUGAAGGUGAUGCCAAGUUGAACAUUGCCAUUGAUGAGAUAAGGAUGGCAGAGACAGAGAAGAGAGAUAGUUGUGUGGAGGUAGAGAGGAGAAAGAUUCACGAGCUCGAGUCUGCUUUAGAGCAGCUUAGAGGGUCCUUGUCAGAACGCCAGGCAGACGACCAGGCUAAAUUGAUGGAGGCGUGUGCCGCCCUGCAGGAGAUAGAGGUCUUAAGGAACACGGAGAAGUCACUGCGGGAGGAAAUACUUAAACUAGAGCAGCUGAGGAUUGAAGACUCUGAGAAGCUUUCAUCAGAGAGGAAGUCUCUUGAGGAAAAGUUUGAGUCAGAUUUGUCUACCUACAAAGAACAGAUCAAGCAACAUUCUGUGACCAUCUGCACCAUGGAGGAGAGGGUGGAGAAACUGAUGAAGAAAAACAAAGACUACCAGGAGCAGAUCAACAAGGUGAAAUCAGAAAAGUCAAAGCCUGUUCUGGCGCCCAAGCCUAAGGUUAUAAUAGAGAGGCCCAGAGAGGAGCUGGCUGCACUAGAACAUUUGGUCAAUGCUCUAAGGCAGGAGAACUUGGUGCUGAAGAAAGAAAUCAGGGACUCUCAAGACGUCAUCAAAGGUCUCCGGCGUGAUUUGUCCGGCGCCUCGGCCAGACUGUCAGACAUCUCUGGGGAGAUGAGUGAGUCGCAGAAGCAGGAGAUGGAGAGGAACCGUGAGCUGCUGCAGCAGAGGUCCACCGAGUCCACGGAACUCAGGCAACAGCUGGCCAAACUCUCUAAGAUCAUCGACAGCCAGAAGGAGGAGUUGAGGAAGUUGGAAAGUGAACUGAGCAAAGAACAAAGUCUGUCUUCUAAGUACAAGAUGGGGCUAGAGGAGCGCAGCACACAGCUCAAAGUUCUGGAGGGUGAGCUCAACAGAGAGAAGGAGGAACAGAAGAAGCAGCUGGAGCUUAUUGAUCAGGAGGGGCGGAUAACCACAGAGUUGACCAGCCUUGGUGCCCAGUGCAGGGGGGAGAGGCAUGAGCAGAUCAUCAACAGGCAGAGGGAGGCGUUGGCCGAGCUCAGGUCGAAGGUCAAAGUGCUUGAGCAGAACAGGCCACUGUUACCCACCCAGGACCAGGCACUACACCAGGUACUCAUGCUGAAGAAGGAACUGGCUGAGAUGAGGGUCAACCAGGCUAUGGCUGAGGACAAGAUUAUCAAAGGCGCCACCUCACUGGACAGAGAGAUUGGCAAGGCCAGGGGUCUCAUCACGCCAGCAAACUUUGAGGCGGACAUGGAGAGGAGUGCUCACAGGGAGACCAUGGACGCACUAGACUGCAGUGAAGCCUCCUUCAUGUCCUUGCUGAGGUCCAUGGCCUGCACACUGGACAUUGAGCAGAUCGAGGGGCUGAGGCCAAUGGCACAUGCACCCAGGGAUGAGAGGGAAGCUCUGCUGGCCGCCAGAGAACGGGCGUGUCAGUUGCUGACCAGUCGCAUUCAGGUGCUCAAGGAGAGGAUAGCUAGGAAGGAUGAGCUGCUCCAGGGCUACGAGACAGACCUGACAAAACUCAGACAAUCUCAAGACUUUGCUGCCAGAAAAUCUCAAGAAGUGGAAGCUUUAGCUAAUGACGUAAGAACCAAGUCUGAAGAGUCAGAAUAUUUGCGGGAGUCACUGAGUAGAACAAGAGAUAAACUGAACCAAGAGAAGAGGUUAAACUCUGCUAUCAAAGAGAAAAAAACUUUCCACCUGGAGAAUGAAAGAGCUCACUUACAAAACAAUGGUCGUGUUCAUCAUCAUUGUGCUGUAGAAGAUCCCAAGAAUGUUGCCAAAAUUAGGAAGCAGAAUGACACAAUCAAACGCAAGAACUACAUGAUCAAAACCUUGAAAGAAGACCUGUGUGAAACAGAGAAGGAGCUGUAUGAGAGAGAUAAGAGGCUGAUUUCCUUUGAGACUAGCAGGAUGUUGGACCAACCAAUGUAACUCAGUGGGAGUCCACCAAACAACAAGCUUCUGAUAAGAUCAAACAAGCCUGAAGAUUGAUGCAAGUUUGUCAACUUCAACUCAGCAGCAACACAACAGA